AAGAGGGAGGAGGAGGAAGAGGAAAGGGCCGGGCGGCAGCGGCGGCUGUAGGUUGUGCGGCGGCUCUCCCCUGGGCGGACGAUGGACAGCCAGGGCAGGAAGGUGGUGGUGUGCGACAACGGCACCGGGUUUGUGAAGUGUGGAUAUGCAGGCUCUAAUUUUCCAGAACACAUCUUCCCAGCUUUGGUUGGAAGACCUAUUAUCAGAUCAACCACCAAAGUGGGAAACAUUGAAAUCAAGGAUCUAAUGGUUGGUCAUGAGGCAAGUGAAUUACGCUCAAUGUUAGAAGUCAACUACCCUAUGGAAAAUGGCAUAGUCCGAAAUUGGGAUGAUAUGAAACACCUGUGGGACUAUACAUUUGGACCAGAGAAACUUAAUAUAGAUACCAGAAAUUGUAAAAUCUUGCUCACAGAACCACCUAUGAACCCAACUAAAAACAGAGAGAAGAUUGUAGAGGUAAUGUUUGAAACUUACCAGUUUUCUGGUGUGUAUGUAGCCAUCCAGGCAGUUCUUACUUUGUAUGCUCAAGGUUUGUUGACUGGUGUAGUGGUGGACUCUGGCGAUGGGGUAACUCACAUUUGCCCAGUGUAUGAAGGCUUUUCUCUCCCUCACCUUACCAGGAGACUGGAUAUUGCUGGGAGGGAUAUUACCAGAUAUCUUAUCAAGCUGCUUCUGUUGAGAGGAUACGCCUUCAACCAUUCUGCUGAUUUUGAAACUGUUCGCAUGAUUAAAGAAAAGCUGUGCUAUGUGGGAUAUAAUAUUGAGCAAGAACAGAAACUGGCCUUAGAAACCACAGUGUUAGUUGAAUCUUAUACACUCCCGGAUGGUCGCAUUAUCAAAGUUGGGGGAGAGAGAUUUGAAGCACCAGAAGCUUUAUUUCAGCCUCACUUGAUCAACGUAGAGGGAGUAGGUGUUGCUGAAUUGCUUUUUAACACAAUCCAGGCGGCUGACAUUGAUACGAGAUCUGAAUUCUAUAAGCACAUUGUGCUUUCUGGGGGGUCUACUAUGUAUCCUGGGCUGCCAUCAUGGUUGGAACGUGAACUUAAACAGCUUUACCUAGAACGAGUUUUAAAAGGAGACGUAGAAAAACUUUCUAAAUUUAAGAUCCGCAUUGAAGACCCACCUCGCAAAAAGCACAUGGUAUUCCUGGGUGGUGCCGUUCUAGCAGAUAUCAUGAAAGACAAAGACAACUUUUGGAUGACCCGACAAGAAUACCAAGAAAAGGGUGUUCGUGUGCUGGAGAAACUUGGUGUUACUGUUCGAUAAACUCUAAAGCUUGUUCCCAUCACAUCCCUAAUGCUUUCCUUUUUCCUUUAUUGCCAAUCUUUGAACUCAUUCAACUCCAUGACAUGGAAGAGGCCUCUCUGUGCCCUUUGACUGGAAAGGUCAGGUUUUAUUCUGGCAUCUUGGGGGUUGGCGGGGGAAGCUUUGUUAAAUUUUUGUUAAUGUGGGUAAAUCUGCCUGUUGAAUUCAACCACUUCCCUGCAAACAGAAACAAGAGGACAAAGGGUCCUGUCUGCUGCACUGUUUCUUCUAAGUAGGCAUUUAGAUCAUUCCUCUAGGCUUCCUAUUUUCACUUUACUGCUCUAAUGCUGCUAGUUUUAGUCUUUAGCACACUAGGUGGUAUGCCUUUAUUAGCAUAAGAAAAACUUUAACCGGAGCUUUCACGUAUUACUGGGG